AUGUCACUCCAAGUGAAUGACCCACGGUCGCGAAACCGCUCCAAAUCCCGCGAACGCUCCCGCUCUCGCGACAGCCGCCAACCUUCCCCGGGCCCCUCCCGCACUCGCGAACCCAUUGAGAUCGCCCCAACGACUCCUGCUUCUUCAUCUAGAGGUCGAGACCGAGGCGGUAAAGAUAGAGAAAGAGACCGAGAUCGCAGCCGAGGCAGGACAUACAGUUCAGAAGAAGAAGCCGAGAUAGAACGCCAGUAUAAACUCAUCAGCGAGCGACGCCAACGCGACAGUGCCACAGCUGCCGGUAGCUCAGGCGCAGAAGACUCGCGCAACGUCAUCUCCCGUGCGCCCAGGAGCCCCGCGCUCUACGAUGUGAACCGCACAGGCUCCGAUUCAGAUUCAAAGCGGCGCCAGCGCGAGCGCGAAUCCGAGAAAUCUAGACGUCGCACCGAGGACCGCUAUGAGCAUUCCGCGUCGGAAGAUGAUCGACUUGCUCCUCGCGACCGGAACCAAGAUCGAGAUCGCAAAUCUGACCGCGAAUACACUUCCCGGUCGCAUUCCAGACGGCCCUCGUCGCCUCCUCGCUCCACCACCGGGGCAAGUCGUCGAGACCGCGAUGAGUCGUCCGAUGAUGAUUCCGUAGAUGAUGAGCUAGCCUAUGGUGACGCGCCGGGCAGUCAUCCAAGCUAUGCGCGCCCUGGCAGAUUCGAUUACGCGCAGCCGGCGCAGUUCUUGCAUGCGCAACCGGGUGCGCCUGCGCCGCGCCAGCCUGGUCCUGCUCCUACUUACCCAGGCGCGGGUAAUAUCGACUGGGCUUCCGUUCCCGAAUGUGAACGCCCGGGCUUUGUGCCACCGGUGUCGCAGGCUGAGGCGUCGACUGCCAGUAUGCCUGGUGCGUUCCCUCCUGCUUCGAGCUCAGGGUAUGCGAACGGGUCGGGAUCGACGCCUGCGCCUGUCCUGCCCACUCCGCAAUAUGUGAACCCCGCUGCGAGUAUGUACUCCACUUCCAGUGCUGGGUAUGCACCGGCACAGUAUACCACUGCGGCUCCUGCUGGAGAUGCGGCUUACCCGCCCACUUCGUCGGGGUAUGCAAACCCAGGCCAGUAUCAGUAUGCCCAGGUCGAUCCUCGCGUGCGGUAUUCCUCCAAGUCAGAGCCUAAGUCUGGUUAUACUGCGUCGGCGCAGGAGCAGUUUUCACGGACUGGGCAGUCUCACGCGCAAGCUUCGCAGCCUGCGUAUCAGCCGCAGGCGCAUGGCGAGCAGCCGUAUCGCUAUAACAUGGAGCCUCAAUUUGUUGAAAUUGCACCCGGUGGGAGAUCCGCUGCUCGUCCCCAUGGUGCUUCUGUUUCGUCGGCGAAUAAUCUUGCUGUUGCUGGUGCGGGUGUUGCUCAUGGAGCUCAUCCGCCUGCUAGUCCAUUGCUUGAGCCGUAUCGUGGUACUUACCAGUCUAUCUCACCCAUGCCAUCGCCGAUUGUGGUGCCCUCCAUUCGCGAUGAAGAUAUCUCAGACAUCGAGGGUCUAGACGGCGGAAACUCAGCCUCAGACUCAGGUCGUCACAGAAGACAUCGAUCCAAGUCCUCAGUUAGCGAGAAAGACGCUCGCACCCGCAGUAGCAAAGACACAAAAGAAAAAGAGCGCGAUGACCGCAAAGACGACAAACGUCGCACCCGCCCAACAACCGGCCACGACCGCCACGACUCAAGCUCAUCAAUCCCAAGCGCAGCAAAUAUGGUCCUGAUCUCACCCACAAGUGACCGCAAACGCGUCUCCUUCUACGACGCCGGCGCUGACGCAAUAGCAAUGCAAAAUGCCCUAAACCACACCCGAAACAUCGACAACAAACCCAUCAUCCAAAUCCUGCCUCGCCUCACCAGCGACGAAAUUCUCCUCCUCCGCCAAGAAUAUAAAACCCGUGUCCGAAUGCACGGGAAGGGGAUUAACCUCGCCAAACACCUUCGCCUCAAGCUCGGGACCUCAUCCUUCGGCAAGGUAGCCUACGCCACAGCUCUCGGUCGCUGGGAAUCAGAAGCUUACUGGGCCAACUGCUACUACCAAGCCGGUACAUCCCGUCGCGAACUCCUCAUCGAAUCACUAAUGGGCCGAUCAAACUCCGCCAUCCGCGAGAUCAAGUCUUGUUUCCGGGACACAAGGUACGAGAAUAGUCUUGAGAGGUGUAUGCGCUCGGAACUCCGCGCGGACAAAUUCCGUGUUGCUAUUUUGCUUGCGCUCGAGGGCCGCCGUCAGAGUGACCGGGAACCACUUGAUCCGCGUUUAAUCCGGGACGAUGUGGAGGAUUUGUAUCGUGCACUUGUCAGUCGCGAGGGCGGGGAGACGGCCAUGAUCCAGAUCAUUGUGCUGAGGAGCGACGAGCAUCUGCGCGAGGUAUUGCGCAUUUACGAGUCGACUUAUCGGCAUAAUUUUGCCAAGGGGAUGAUUGCCAAGUCGAGAAAUCUUGUGGGAGAAACUCUCGCGCAUAUCUUGAACGGUGCGAUAAACCGACCGAUGCGUGACGCCCUCCUUCUCCACCAGGCCCUGCGCGAAUCGCGUAGUGGUCGGGAACGCUCUGAAUUACUGAUUUCCCGGCUUGUUCGGCUGCAUUGGGAGCCUAGACAUCUGGAGCAGGUCAAGGUUGAAUACAGGCGCCGAUAUGGGGAGCGGCUUGAGGAGGCCAUUGCGGAGGAGAUUCUUGCUUUGCAAGGGGGGCAGGAUUGGGGUGAAUUCUGUAUUGAGCUUGCGAGAAGUGCGUGA